AGAAACACCGCCACACUGACGUUACGCCGUUUUCGCACGCGGGCGACGCGCUCGCCACGCUACGGGCGGCGGCGGUUAUACGGCUAUAAUAAUAAUAUUACACGCGCCGGGUCGCCUUUCAGUCUGCUGCCCAGUGUGUCAUGUCUGGUCGCGCGAUAAACGCUGAGUCGACCACAGUCGCUUGUACUUCCGUCUUGAAAUGCUACGAAACCUGCAGACGUCACAUGGGUACAACAACAACAACGACACAAACGGCGAUGACGGCAGCGACGGAGAUGGCGAAACUGCUGGCAACGGAAAAAACAUGUUGGCGCGGAAGCUAUCAACUAAGGGUGACACUCUUUACCUCGAGAGACGGGUGGGACUCUUCAGUGGGGUGGCUCUAAUUGUGGGCACAAUGAUCGGUUCUGGAAUAUUCGUUUCACCUACAGGAUUGCUGAUCAGAACUGGGUCAAUAGGCCUGAGUUUUGUCAUAUGGGCAGCAUGUGGUGCCAUGUCACUGUUGGGAGCUUUGGCGUAUGCAGAACUGGGUACGAUGAAUCCAAGUUCUGGGGCCGAAUACGCCUACCUGAUGGAUGCCUUUGGACCAAUGCCUGCGUUUCUCUUUUCUUGGAUAUCCACAUUGAUACUCAAACCGUCACAGGUGGCUAUAAUAUGUCUGAGUUUCGCCAAAUAUGCGGUCGAAGCAUUUGUCGACGAAUGCGGUUCUUCAGACUAUGUAGUGAAAAUCGUCGCAGUGCUGUCUAUUUUAAUUAUCACGUACAUAAACUGCUACAGCGUGAAUUUGGCCACCGGAGUACAAAAUGCGUUUACGGCUGCGAAACUGGUAGCUGUUUUCGUUGUGGUUGCCGGAGGUGUGUACAAGAUCAUUCAGGGGCGUACCGAACACUUUCGGAAUUAUUUUGAAAACACGACCACAAGCAUGGGUGACGUGGCGACGGCGUUUUACUCAGGGUUGUGGGCGUACGAUGGUUGGAACAAUCUCAAUUACGUCACUGAAGAAAUAAAAAACCCUUCAAAGAACAUUCCAAAAGCGAUAUACAUUAGCAUACCGUUGGUGACGAUGUGUUACCUGCUGGUGAACAUGGCGUACCUUACCAUCAUGUCGCCAGACGAAAUAGUGCGAAACGAAGCUGUCGCCGUGACUUUUGGAAUCCGAGCGCUGGGGUCCAUUGCCUGGGUGAUACCGCUGUCAAUCACGAUAUCCACAUUCGGGUCGGCCAACGGCACAUUGUUCGCCGCUGGAAGAUUGUGUUUCGCCGCCAGUCGCGAAGGACACCUGAUGCACGUUCUGUCGUACAUUCACAUUAAAAAGCUCACGCCCAUGCCAAGCAUCAUAUUUCACUCGAUCAUAACUAUUGUCAUGGUGGCCUCGGGCACGAUCAAUUCCCUAAUCGACUUCUUUAGUUUCACGGCGUGGAUAUUCUACGGAAGUGCCAUGUUAGCGUUGCUAGUGAUGCGCUACACCAGACCCGACGUACCAAGACCAUAUAAAGUCCCCAUAAUCAUUCCGUUAACCAUAUUUGUUAUUUCCCUUUAUUUGGUGAUAGCACCUAUAAUAGAUAAACCUCAGAUCGAAUACCUAUAUUCGGUGUUAUUCAUGAUAGCUGGGAUGAUAUUUUAUGUGCCGUUCGUUCGCCUGGGAUACAAAUUCCGUAUAAUCGAUCGGUGGACGGUCAUUAUACAGUUACUGUUACAGGUAGCGCCCACUAAAUUAGUGCUACCAGAUUAAAGUUGAAUACGCCCGUCAAGUCUUCCAUUAAUUGCAUAUCCAGAUUGAAAUAGACAAUACAGUUUAAUAUAUCAGUUGUAUUAUGUAAUUUAUAGAGUUAUAUAAAUCUAAACAAUUUGUUAAAACAUCAUUACCUAACGGUGGUUUUUAUUAUUUUAUAUUUUGUUAGUGAUUAUUAUAUUAGUGAAAUAUUAUGUUGUAUACAUAUUAUUAAAAUAUAUUACCUAUAUUGUA